AUGUUUGAAUCAAACGACACAAUAGAUUUGGGAUUUUGUCAAAAAAUUCCUAAAGUUGAGCUCCAUGCUCAUUUAAAUGUAAGCUUCAGCGCGAAAACUUUUCAGCAUUUGGUUGAUAGGAAAGCAUCCACUUUGCCAGAAGUAAAAAAUCUGAAUGUGACCAUUAAAGAAGGUGAAACAAAUAGUUUGGAUAACAACUUUGAUUUGUAUCGAUUAGCUCAAAAGGUUUUCGAUGAUGAAUAUGCUAUUUAUAAACUGUCCUAUGAUGUCAUACAUGAGUUUUCUGAUGAUAAUGUGAAGUAUCUAGAGCUGAGAUCAACGCCGAAAGAAAUAUCUAGUACUGGUAUGACACGAAGGCUGUAUAUUGAAACUAUGAUUAAAGCUGUCAAGGCUUGUGAAAAAGAGGGUUUGGAUAUCCUAGUGAAAAUUCUACCAUCCAUCGACAGAAGACUUGGUGUUGAUGUUGCCAACAUUACAGUGGAUUUGGCGAAGGAAUUAUCUGAUAAAUACCCUGGUUAUAUUCCAGGAAUUGAUUUCAGCGGAGAUCCUAAAGUCCUAGAUGCAGUGGAAUAUAUUCCUGUUUUCAACAGAGCCAGAGAGCUUGGAUUGAAAUUAGCUCUGCAUUUAGCAGAGAUUCCAAAUCAUGAGGAAACGUUGAGAGUUUUAAAAGAGUCAACUCCUGAUCGGAUUGGACAUGGAUCUUUCAUUCACUCGGAAUUUCCAGGAUUAGAAGAUUUAAAGGAAAUUGUCAUCAAGAGAAAAAUACCAAUCGAACUCUGUCUAACAUCUAACUUGAAAACUCAAACUGUAGAAAAUUACAAGGAACAUCAUUUUAAGGUUUGGUAUGACUUGAAUCAUCCCCAGAUUUUAUGUACUGAUGGUAAAGGAACUUAUCAAUGUAACCUAUCAGAUGAAUACUUCCAGGCAGCCCAGGCAUUUAAUUUGACCAAGUCCCAGAUGGUUGAUUUAUCAUACAAGGCAAUCGAUUAUACUUUUGCUUCUACUCAAGAGAAAGAAAACUUGAAACUGAAGUGGAAGAAUAUCAGAGAUGAAUUUCAGAAGUGA